GGGCGGCGGGCGGGCUCCAUGGCGGCGGCGGCGGCGGCUGCGCAGGCGGGGCCCCUCCUCCCUCGGGCUGCGGCCGCUGCGGGUGCGCGAGGACCGGCACCGGCGGCACCGGCGGCACCGGCAUGGGCGUGCACGUGGAGACCAUCGCCCCCGGCGACGGGCGGACGUUCCCCAAGCGCGGCCAGACCUGCGUGGUGCACUACACGGGUAUGCUGGAGGAUGGGAAGAAGUUUGAUUCCUCCCGCGACAGGAACAAGCCGUUCAAGUUCGUGAUGGGCAAGCAGGAGGUGAUCCGGGGCUGGGAGGAAGGCGUCGCCCAGAUGAGCGUUGGUCAGAGGGCGAAGAUGACCAUCUCCCCAGAUUACGCCUACGGCUCUACUGGCCACCCAGGGAUCAUCCCACCAAACGCCACUCUAAUUUUCGACGUGGAGCUCAUGAAAUUGGAAUGACCUACCCCAACACCCUGUCCUCGGGUUUGGCACAUGGAGGAAUCCAGAAUCUCAGCUUCAAGAAGAGUGCACAUGACUUUGUACGGAGCUUUUCCUGAUAGUCCACUACACUCAUUGUAUAACCUUACACCUUGAUUGAAUGCCUUUGGUCACUAAGCUUUGCGUCUGACUCUUCCUCCUUGUAUCGUGUUUUUAUGUCUUUUUAAACUAUACGCCGUAAACCUCAA